AUGUACCAACAGGGUCUUGCCCUUUACAAAAUAUUAACGCCAAAUAACAUUUUUUUGAGUGCCUUUGUUAACAAUUCUUUACAAUUUAGCAAAUGCAAACCCGUUGUAGUAGAAGCCGAGUUCAAAGGACAUCUUGACCUUUCCGAACAUGACUUUACAAAGGUAGACGCUCACGCACGUGGUACUCCUGACUCCGAAGCUUGUUCCGUAGAACAGUUGUCCAAGCAUCUUACUUCAUGUUGGGAAGAUCAUUUAGAUAAAUUACGUUCAAUUUAUGUCUGGGUCACGGAACACAUCGAAUUUGAUUGUGAAGAUUCAGGAGACGUCAAAAAUCAUAGUGCCGAUGAGACCUUGAAAAAGCGUAAAGGUGGAUUUUCUGAAUUAUUCAAUGAAUUAGCUACUCAUGCUGAAUUGAAGACUUGGAAAAUUAAGGGCAAGACUAGAGGCAUUGAUGAAGAAAGUGCUGGUUCAAAGGAAUCGGUUGAUUGUAAGGAGGCAGAUCAUACGUGGAAUGCUACUAUAUAUAAAGGAGAAUAUCUCUUCAUCGACUGUGCCUGGGGAGCUGGACGAAUGAAUGGCAAACAAUUUGAAAAAUAUUUUGAACCUUUUUAUUUCCUUACACCUCCAAUUCAGUUCAUAUAUAGUCAUUUUCCUGAUGAAUCAAAAGAACAAUACAUAACACCUCAACUUACUAAAGAAGAAUUCCUUAAUUUGACUCACAUUAAACCAGCAUUCUUUGCUGCUGGUUUGGAAUUCCAUGAUAAAAGCAUUGGAAAUGUUAUUACUACUAACGAUGAUGUGAUUAAUCUUGAAGUUUUAAGAUUCCAACCUGAUGAAGGGAAACCAUUAUAUGCUGUGCUUAACUGGGAAGGUCAAGAGCAUGAAGUCUUGGUUCAAAGGAUGGUUGGAUAUCAAGCAGGUUCAGGUUUCUAUCAUAUUAUUAAAAAGAUGCUUGGAUUUGGUUCAGGUACAACUACAGGUUUAGGAAAAAACUAUAAGUUGCAUACUACGUGCCCAAGUGGUGGUGAAGGAAAACUUGAAAUAUAUGUAUUGUUUGAAGGUAACAAGGGUCCAUUAGCUGCAAGUUUCAAGGUCAUAAACAAAGGAGAUGGCAAAAAUCAUUGUUCAUUCUUUAAGACCUUUAAGAUUCCAUUCAAAUUUACCAUCCACCAACCAACUCAUUCAAAAUUACAAUGCGAAAAAGAUUAUAAAUUUGAAUUCACGGUAUUUGAUUUGAAAGAGGAUGAACAUCCCGAAUUCGCUUUAUUAUCUCCGGAGAAAAAACUCAAAAAACUUAAUAAAAAAUGUAAAAAUGAGGAUGGAAGUGUUACCUAUGAUCUUACAACGAAAAUCGAUCAAACAGGAGAUUGGAAAUUAGCAUGUUCAAAGAAUGGAAAGAAUUACGAUUUAAUUGCGCAAUACCAAGCUGAAUAA